ACACACAGCGCAGAGCAGUCGGUCACAUCCAGCACCCACAGAGUGAGAGAGCAAAGAGCCACAUCCCUGGGACUCGCUGAGCCUCAUUCAGGACAAGCAAGCGCCAUAACCGGAGCUCUUCUUCUCCUUUUGUGCAGAGACUUUAAGCAGAGAAAUGGACUUCAUCUUGCCACCCACAAUGCCAGCUGGUGGUAUCCCAUGGGAGAAAGUUUUACCACCUCUUAUUCCACGGCUCAACGGGACUUACGGACAGUAUAAUUGGUCCCCAAAAUUACUCAUCCCAGAGACUGAUAAUGCCAGCUCUGCAGAGGUGACCUGUGAUGACAGCGGCUUUACAGUUCAUGUUGACGUAAAACAUUUCAACCCAGAGGACCUGAUUGUUAAAGUCAUAGGAGACUUUGUGGAAGUGCAAGGAAAGCAUGAAGAGAAAAAGAAGAACGGUCCUGGAUUUACAACACGGCAGUUUAACCGCCGUUACCGUAUUCCAAAGGAAGUGGACACUAUGGCUUUGGAGUCAGCGGUCUCUCCAGAUGGGAUCCUCAUCAUAUCUGCACCUAUGCUGCAAGCUCAGAACUCCACACCUCUUACCUAAUUGCAUUAAUACCCCAAACUGAAAUUUCUGCCAUCUUUACCAUAUAUGAAAAUAAAUCAACAGAAGCAUUUAUGACCACACAGCCAAGCAGCAGUAACUUCAAACACCUGCACUCACAGCAGUACCCGGUGUGCCAAAACACACAUUUGUUCUGUUCCUGGCACUGUUCUAAUAUUCCUUGCACUCCAAGGUUUGUAUAUACUGCUCUGCUAAUACUCACUCUCAACUAAUGUUCCAAGUAACCACUCUACUUUGUAAAUAUUCACUGUUAACAUUUUAAACUGCUGAUUUAUGUGUGCAACUUUUGUCCAUGCACAGUGUUGUGAAUAAUAAUCCACCAAGACGGAUCUUCAACCUCUUUAAUGUAGAAACAUUUCCUCAAAAAAAAAUUAACUUUAUUUCUUUAUAAAAUAAUA